UAUGACAUGCUCUGAUCCUGAGGAUGGUCAGGUGAGUUUUACCAUGCUGCUUCAUUUUGUUAACAGGUUGACAAGGGGGUGAGUGCAGAAUUUGUUCGUUCAAUCCUUAUAGAAAGAGCAAAUUUUCCCUGUCUCGCCGCAAAAUCGGCUCAUAAAAUGGAAGAAUUAUCAAGAGGGAGCCUUUUUCCUAAAGUAAUUGAAGCAUACUCCCGGCCGACAAGAAUUGUCCGUGGAAAGGAAGAUGAACUCCAUUUGGAGGUGGAUGAAGCUUCUUUUGUGACAAAUGAAGAGAGAGUUUUAUGGAGCACAUUUUUGUCAGUUAAAAAGAGUAUCAACCCUGGUCUUGACAUUGAUGAAUUUGUUGAAAUUUCAUGUCAACUAAUACAGCCGCUCGAGGAUUUCUUUAAUAAUGUCUUCGUAAUGGUGGACGAUGACAGGAUCAGAGUAAACAGGUUAACUCUGCUAAAAGGAAUUGCUGAACUCCCUAAAGGAAUAGCAGACCUUACUGUUCUACCAGGAUUUUAAGGAUUGGUAAGAUUAUUUAUUCCCCACAGGGUAUACCAUAUUUUUUUGAGGUUUCAAAGAUCUUUAGCUUAGGCCAUAUUAAUUUUUUUUUUGCCCUCUUGUUUUUUUCUUAUUGUGGUCGAAUUUUGUUCUCUUGGUUUAACAAGAGGUUCUAUCUAUGGCGUUUUGGUUAUUCUUUGCCCAGUUGAGCCUGUAAAUUUCUGUAGCAGUGUGUUAUAUGAUCCAUUUGUAAUAUUAUUCAUUCAUCUAAUAAAAUUUUAGUGCAGUGUUUUUUUAA